GCUAUUGUUUAACUUGUAUUAUUGAUAGCUAUGUUUUUCUGCAAGCCCAACCCUCUUUUUUUCAUAACUUUUAUUAUUUAUUUCAAAGAGGGUGUAGUAAUGAAUUUAUAUAAAACUAUUUUAUAUGUACAGGUUCUUAAGAAAUCAUCUAAACAGGGAAAAAAUGCCUUUGUAACAAAACGGUUAUCAGGCUCCAGCGCUACGGGUAUACCACGCUUAGUUACCGCCACUAAGCGUCAUGACAGCAAAUCUACUGAAGAUAUUGAAGGUGGUAGCAAUAAUAAUGCAGGUGGGUUUAGCAGUCGUCGCCUGGUAACAGUUGUUGAAUCGAAGAAGAAAUCAAGCGUUGUAGAUGAUAAUAAAACCGAUAAAGUAAUUGAUUGUACGCGUAAUUUUAGAAAUUAAGAUUUGUUGAUUUCUUAUAAACAAAA